AUCUAUGAUCCAUAGUAAUAAAGCUUUAAAAAAAAAUUACACCUCACUCCCAGGCUUCCAUAUCUGUUUCUGUUUCAGAAUCUUGGGAAAGAGUUUAAGCAAGAAUCAACCAUCUUCCUUUCUCUUUUCUUCUCUUCUCUUCCCCCGCAUUCGUACUUAAAACCUGAAUCCCUAAACCCUCGCAACGCUGCGUUCCGUCAUCGCGAAAGGUGUUGAGUAGUUAGGGUUUGAGGGUGAAAAAGAAAGGACAUGGCAUCUUCAGAUGAUGAGGGAGAGUCUCAGCCACUAUCUGUGGCAAAUUACUAUUUUGAAGAUGACAAAGAUGUGCCGGUGUGUUUUUCCGUGUUACCAAUUGUGUGGAGUGAGUCAGAGAGUCCAGUUAGCAAGAAAGUACAGGUGUUUUUGCGUGGUUUUGCAGAUAAUGGGCUGCAGAAGAUUUUCAUGCAAGUUGUUGCGUGGAGGUUUGAUCUUUCCUAUGUGAGGCCUGAGAUAUCGGUGUUGUCAAAGGAUGGGAGAUGGAUUAAACUUGAAAAGCCUAGGAAGAGCUAUGAGGAAACCAUAAGAUCUAUUUUGAUCACCAUUCACUUCAUGGGUUAUGUGAAGAGGAAUCCUGACUCAUCUGCCAAGUCCGCGUGGGAUAGCUUGAGUAAGAAUAAGGAGUUUAGAUCUUAUGAGGUUAUGCCUUCGCAAAAUGAUAUAUUAAAUCAUAUGACUUUAAUGGGUGAAGCUGCCAAAAGAGAUGCUGGCUUAGCAAAGUCCAAGCUUUUCCUCAUGGUUCGGGAAGAUAAACAUAGGCUGAAGAUUAAGAAACUUUCUGAUGAGGAAAUUAAAGAUUUAGCACGACCUGGAUUUAUAACUGAUGAUACUGACAAUGAUUUGAUUGAUGAAAUUGAUGAAGAUUCAGAUGGGGAGGAUGGGUUGUUUGAUUCUGUUUGUGCGAUUUGUGACAAUGGUGGUGAACUUUUGUGUUGUGAUGGAAAGUGCAUGAGGUCAUUUCAUGCUAAUGAGGAGGAUGGUGAAGAAUCUGCUUGUGCCUCUCUUGGUUUUAGCCAGAAGCAAGUUGAUGAUAUCCAGAACUUCUACUGUAAGAAUUGUGAAUAUAAUCAACAUCAGUGCUUUGCAUGUGGUACUCUAGGCUGCUCUGAUAAAUUUUCUGGUGCUGAGGUCUUCAAAUGUGCGUCUGCAACCUGUGGUUUCUUUUAUCAUCCACAAUGUGUUGCAAAGUUACUUCACCGGGUAGUUGAGGAGGCUCCAGAUCCGAAGGAACUUGAGAGAAAUAUUGCUGAAGGAGGAGCUUUUACUUGUCCUACUCAUUACUGUUGUGUCUGUAAAGGAAUGGAAGACAAAAAUGAACAUGAUUUUCACUUUGCUGUUUGUAGGCGUUGCCCCAAGUCCUACCAUCGCAAAUGCUUGCCAAGGAAGAUUGCAUUUGAUGACAUAGAGGAUGAAGAUAUUGUAACAAGGGCUUGGGAAGACCUUCUACCCAACAAUCGCAUUCUUAUAUAUUGUUUAAAACAUGAGAUUGAUGAUGAAUAUGGGACUCCUGUAAGGGAUCAUAUAAAGUUUCCCAAUGUAAAAGCUUCGGUUCAAGAAGUUAAUGAUGAGGACAAUGAAAAGCCUGCAAACAAAGAGAGGGUUAUAUUGGACAAGAACAGCAUUGUCUCUGAAAGUUUAAUUGGCAAAAAGGCUGCUUUGAAAUUUUCUAAUAAACUGCCUGGUAAAAUGUCUUCUGGAAAAGUGGUUGACAAGAAGUCUGAAAAGAUUUCUGGAUCAAAUAUCUCAAGGAAGAAAACAAAUGAGGCAUCAAGAAGGGGUUUGAAUGAAAGUAAGAGGCCAUUAGUCCCAAAGGAAACCAGAAAGUCUGAGGGUGCAGAAAAUAAGUCCUCAUUGGGUGCAAAGUUAUUUGCCUAUUGGAAUAAUAGUUCUGAGCAAAUUAAUUCUGGUAAUAAGGUUAAUAGUGUAGCUAAUAAUUCCCGGCAUGUUAAGCCUACUAAAAAGCUGAGUAGUGCAUUACCCUCAUUAGAUGAAGAUGCAGAGAGGAGAUUGGUAGCUAUGUUUAAAGAAGCUACUUCAUCAGUUACUUUGGAGGAUGUUGUAAAAGAGCACAAUUUUGUUAGUACUCAUACCCACUCAUUGAAAAAUGUUGUGGAGAAAACCAUUACGUUGGGGAAAUUGGAAGGCUCAGUUGAGGCUGUUCGAACAGCUCUAAGGAUGCUAGAGGGUGGGCACAAUGUUCGGGAUGCUGCAGCUGUUUGUGGUCCUGAUGUUCUUAACCAAAUAUUUAAGUGGAAGGAUAAGCUGAAAGUAUAUCUUGCACCUGUUCUAUAUGGUAAUCGGUACACAUCGUUUGGCCGCCAUUUUACACAAAUUGAAAAGCUGGAAGGGAUUGUUGAUAAACUGCAUUGGUAUGUUCAGAAUGGUGAUACAAUUGUGGACUUCUGUUGUGGUGCUAAUGACUUCAGCAUUCUUAUGAAGAAAAAGCUUGAAGAGACUGGAAAGCGAUGCUCAUACAAAAACUUUGAUCUACUUCCAACGAAGAAUGAUUUUAAUUUUGAGAUGCGAGAUUGGAUGACUGUACAAACAAAGGAGUUGCCUACAGGGUCAAAGUUGAUCAUGGGCUUAAAUCCCCCCUUUGGACUAAAGGCAGCAUUGGCUAACAAGUUUAUAGACAAAGCUCUUGAGUUCAGACCGAAGCUCAUGAUUCUCAUUGUACCAUCAGAGACACAGAGGCUAGAUGAGAAACGGCGUCCGUAUGAUCUUGUCUGGGAGGAUGAUAGGUUUCUAUCGGGCAAGUCGUUUUAUCUACCUGGAUCAGUUGAUGCUAAUGACAGGCAAAUAGAGCAGUGGAAUGUAAAGCCACCCCCACUGUACCUUUGGAGUCGUCCUGAUUGGACAAGCAAGCACAAGGCCAUAGCUCGGGAGCAUGAUCACCUGAUCAGCCAGCGUGACGUGUCACCUUCCAGUCAUACUAAGGAAGAUAAUUCUGUUGUGAAUAUCAAGCAAGGUGAUGACAUCUUGAAUUCAAUUGAUGCACCUAUCAAUGAAGGUCAGGUGGGAUACUCACCACAUGGAAGUGUUGAUCGAGGGAGUCAAGAGAGACAGGAAUAUAGGGUGAGCGAUGCUGAGAAUACCACACGGAAGAGGAAACGCCGUGAGGAAAAUGAUGAAAGAGGACUAGGUGUGACCUCACCAGUCAAUCCAAUUGAUAUGAGAUCCUCAAGUGAACGUUUUCAGCCUAAACAUGACAUGCCAGCUCCAGAUUUUGAGGUUGUUGAUAAAGGUUAUAGGAAUUUGGAGCCUACCUCUUCCUCACAUACCGGGGGGAUUAGAGGAGCCUAUAGCGGGACCGAAUAUUGGCCAAGUGUUUCCAAUCCCCUUUAUGAUUCUGGGAUUACAGGCGUAGAUGGACGCCAUGACAGCCUUAUGAGAGACACCGGAUAUAGACCCUAUGUCAGGGAGGAUGAGAGCAACCUUAGGGAACUAGGGACAAGGCAACAUAUUCGCCAAUACGGGCUUCAGAAUCCUAAUAAUGUGACUGCUAAUUAUCUAUCAUCUGUUCACGAUCCUGCUUAUAGCUACCAUGAGGGAUUAAGUUAUCCAGCCCAUGGCUCAUCAUAUGAGUCUCCUUAUGCCAUGAAUGCACCAGCCAUGCAGCGAUAUGCACCUCGUCUGGACGAAUUAAACCAUGUAAGGAUGAAUCCUCUGGGGUCUGAGCCUCCUCCUAUAGUUGGACGUAGUGUGCCCCAACCUGGAUAUGGGAAUCGGAUGCCAGGUUUUGGAGGCGGUUCUCACCAUCUCAAUUCACGCCAGAAUUCAGCAGACCGGUUCAACCAGUAGCUUUGAAAUUCCAUUGUUUAUUUUCCUCCCUUUAAUUUUGCGUCAAAAUGCUGUAUGCCAUUCUGCAGAAAUCAGCUUUUUUGGGUUGUAUGCUCUCAGCUAAUCUAAUCUUCAGUCUAAUUCCUUCCGAAACAACGUCUAGUUUUUUUUUUUUGUUGGUGAUUUCUGAUUCCUUAUGGUCAGUGGAAUUGAGUAAUCAUCUGUGUACAUACAUGACCUUGGAGUGGGUAGAUAUGAUGUGCCACUUACCUAA